GAGCCUCUGUUGUUUAUCACUAAUUAUUUUCGACAAACUUAGUAAAAACUCCCUUUAUAAAUAAAACAUAUUUCAAGAGUAUUACCUAUACAUUUUAACUCGGCGUUUUGGCGUUCCGUUAUUCUAUUACAUCAUAGUAUACACAUUGGAAUACCUAUUCUAAAUAAAAAUGGCUAGCGAAGUCGAAGAUACUUUGAAACGCAUUCAAUCUCAUCGUGGUGUCAUCGGUACAAUUGUAGUAAAUAACGAAGGCAUUCCUAUUAAAUCGACUUUAGACAAUUCAACUUCGGUUCAAUAUGCUGGAUUGAUACAGCAGUUAGCUGAUAAGGCUAGGAGUGUCGUGAGAGAUUUGGAUCCAUCCAACGAUUUGAUGUUCUUGAGAAUGCGUACUAAAAAACAUGAGAUAAUGGUGGCACCAGAUAAAGAUUUUAUAAUGAUUGUUAUUCAAAAUCCAACAGAAGCACAGUCAUAAGAGAACAAUUUUUAAAUAAUAUAGCAAAUCAUAAAAUGCACUUAAAUUUAAUUCUAAAUAACAUCCAAAAAAAAGAUAUUUGUAAAUAAUUAUUAGUUAAUUACAAAUAAUAUUGUACAUAUUAAGUAUUGAUUUUUAUAAUUUUAUAUAAUGCUUACAAGCUUUUAAUUUUUUUUUCUUCUACAACUAUUUAUUUAUUUAUAUUAAUGUUCAUUUUUCUUCUUCUUGGUUGAACAUUAUAUAUGUCAGCAUGUCGGUUUUUUUCGAUAUUUCAAUAUUUAAGCAUGGCGUUAUGAGUUUAGUAAGUAUUGCAAUUUAAAAAUCUUAUUUAAAAAUUUAAAUUUCCUAAACAACCGACAUAAAACACAGAUAACAGAUAAUAUUCUUGCUUUUAAGUUUGAUAGUAAGUAGGCCUCACUCUGACAGCACAACAUUGGUUUGUUGCGUGCUCUUACACAUGACAAUUGGACGCAAGAACACUAUAUGAUGAUGAUUCUAUUUUCAUGUUUUGUAUUAUUAAAAAUGUUCUUGAAUAUUUGUA